CGUCCUUCAGACUAUUUGGGAUUGUUUGCUUGCAGUGCUGGUAUAGGUGCUGAGGAGUACUGUAAAGAACUGGAGAAGAAUCAUGACGAUUACGCUAGCAUUAUGGUCAAGGCGCUUGCUGAUCGCUUGGCAGAAGCAUUCGCGGAAUAUCUUCAUAGGCAGGUUCGGAUAGAGCUUUGGGGAUAUUCAAAGGAUGAGGAGCUGACUGAAGCUGAUCUUCUUGCUGUGAAGUAUCACGGAAUUCGGCCAGCACCCGGUUAUCCCACUCAACCAGAUCACACUGAAAAACGAACGCUGUGGAAUUUGCUG